GUAGUGCCGCGCGGGGUUCAGAGCUGUUUUGUCUGACAGCACGGCGAUCUCCUCUUGCCUUCGCUUCUCGCGGCGAUGGACAAUGCCUGCGAGUCGCCUACGGACAAAGGUGGAGAGACAGGGGAGUCAAAUGAGACGCCCGCCGCUCCCUUGGGUUCCGGUACCACCAGCACGGACGGAAUACCGGAGGAAACUGACGGGGACGGAGAUGGGGACUUGAAAGAAACCCCGGUGGAAGAAGGCGAGCUCAAGAGUCAGGACAUCUCAGAUUUAACAGCAAUUGAAAGGGAAGACUCAUCAUUACUUACUCCUGCAGCCAAAAAACUGAAAAUAGAUACCAAAGAAAAGAAAGAGAAGAAGCAGAAAGUGGAUGAAGAUGAGAUUCAGAAGAUGCAAAUCCUGGUUUCUUCUUUUUCUGAGGAGCAGCUGAACCGUUAUGAAAUGUAUCGCCGGUCAGCUUUCCCCAAGGCAGCCAUUAAAAGGCUGAUCCAGUCCAUCACUGGCACCUCCGUGUCUCAGAAUGUUGUUAUUGCUAUGUCUGGUAUUUCCAAGGUCUUCGUCGGGGAGGUAGUAGAAGAAGCACUGGACGUGUGUGAGAAAUGGGGAGAAACGCCACCACUACAACCCAAGCAUAUGAGGGAGGCUGUUCGGAGGUUAAAGUCGAAGGGGCAAAUCCCCAACUCGAAGCACAAAAAAAUCAUCUUCUUCUAGGCCAAAGCCUAGAAAGGCCUAUUAUUGAAAGAAGAGGUAUUGGCUCUAGUCCUUCUAUCACAUGAGACUGUCUGCACUGGUGCUUCGGUAUCUGAGUCCACCAAGGAUUUGAUGAUGAUUUUAAUGUCUUCUUCAAAACUGGUAUGUGUCACACCUAGAUGGUGGCAUGCAGCCUUGUUUCAUACUUGCCUUGACUAAAUGUUGGGACCUCCUAGGCAUUUUGAGGCAUUUGUUUCUUGGCUAGUUGAAAGAAGAAAGGUGCAUGGACCUUGAGCAUUCUCUGGACAGGGAAGCUGCUUUCAGAGAGAGAAAACCUUUCCAAGAGAGCUUUUUGAUGGUUUCACAUUGAAGCCUGAAGUAGCUAUGACUCAGGUUGUUUCUUAAGUUUGGUUUUAAAUAGAUGAAACCACCAGAAAAUUUUGACUUGUGCUACUCUACCAUGAAGGAUGCAGUGAUAACAGUAGUGGAAUAGUUUGUCCUUGUAAACAUUUAAGAUUCUCCUGUGGAUUUUGGUUGAGUGAUCAUUAAACUGUUUUCCAAUUUGCCAUACAUAUAUUUGUUUUCUGGUUGGAAUGGGGAGACAUUCACCAUUCUUUUUUGGUGUCAGAGUAAAACUGGUCUUGACUUUCUUUGUGAAUAUUGGUGCCCUUCCCAUUUUCUACUUGAGUCAUUAAAAUUUUAUCUGAUAAAGAGCACCAAAAGCACUGUUUAAAAACAAUAUAAAAGCCCAUAUAUUUUGGAUUCCUCUAAAUAGAUAUACCACAACCAAUAUUGUUUAAUCAGUUUAAUUUGCUUUUUUUCAGGUAGUUCACAGAACCAGUACACUCAAGAUUCGAUUAGAAAUUGCAACAUUAAAAUUUCCCAGUACUGACUAGGAUUCCAGUUCAUUGAUACAUUCUUAUUGUUUUCCUCAAAUAGAGGGGAAUGGAGUGACCUUUUAUUGACAGUGAUUAGCAGUAAUAAGGCUAUUAUAUAUAAUUGGCAAUCCCCCAGAAUUCUUUCCUCUCUAUCAUUCAGUGUCACAGGAAGAAGGGUUUUGAAGCUGUUCUCUUUCGAAGCUUUCCUGAGCAUGUUUUAGUAAAGAUUCUAAUUCUGUUUAGCACCCAGAUUAGGGGAAACAGCUUAGACUUAUGAAGUAGGGAAAAUCUGACUUUAGUAUCUGAUACCAAAACACAUGGCUUUCCACAUGUACAUAGCCAAUGGAGAAGACACAGCAAAGAAAUGCUGUAAGACUCAGGCAAAAUUUUCACCGAAAACAAACUUGACAAAAACCAGAUAUUCUCUCAGCAGUAACAGGAAUUUUUUUAAAUGUUUAUAGGAACUCUACCUAUUGCAGUUAGAGAUACUGGAUAAGGCUGAAACUAUAACACAGGAGGACGAUCACACCCCAAGUCUGGCCACUUAGCAAGGCCUCGCUGUUAAAGGUUCUCCAGGAGUGCUCCCCUGGUGCAUGUUGUAAGAGGUGGGGAAAAGAAUCCCCAUUCAACAAUAGCUACUAUCCCAAUCUAUCCAGAGGUGGGUGGGAAUAUUCCUAUUCCAGCAAAAGGUGGGGGUAGCAACUGGCGAAGGCCCUAGGCCCUGAAAGAAUGGUGCGUCACAACAGAUUCUCUUAGAAAUUACGACUGUGGUAAAUCACAAAGCAAUAAUACAGCUUUUGCAGCUCUCCAAUAACCAGAUGUCAUCCUACUAGUUUGUGGACCAAAGUUCAGUUGUUUCCAUAGCUUUGUGAUUUUAGUAGAACUGAUUUUAGAAGUUUAAGCAAGUAUUAAAUAAGAAAAACAAAACCUCAGUGUAAAGAUGUGGAAUGGAAAUUUCCCAUAAUCACUAUGGCAAUAUUUCAGUCUACCUUCUUUCUGCUACCCCCAGAACUAUCCUUAGGGGAAACUAAUUGAAAUGAGUUGAAGCACAUGUUAUGGGGGUGGGGGGUGGGACCAUUUCUUUCAGGACCAUGAGAAAGGAGACAUAAGGGUUGAGCCCUAUGGCAAAUGGAGUCAGAUGACAUAUAGAGUAAAAAGCAGCCAUCACGUGAAUAGAACACACACCUUUUGUCUUAAGUUAGAGAAACUAGGUUAAUUAUUCCAGUGAGUUGAAAAGAGAACUCGAUAAGAUGGAUAAUCAUCCCCACAGCCCAGGUAAAGAGAGGAUUUGAAUUCUAGUCCAUAUGCACUAAAACAUAUCCCCAGUAUAUCCAUGUAAACAGGAAAUCUGGACAAUCACAGAUAAUAGUCAAAUGCUUCACAGCUGAAAUGGUAAUGUGCAGUGGCUGAAGUCUUCGAGGGAUAGUGGUGCUAUCACUUAAGACAUUUUCUUGAGGUAUUCUUAUUUCUUCUUCAGAGUCUUGCAGCUCUGAGAUAGAAAUCCUAAGCAGUCCAAAGGGGCUGACACUUAUUUUUUUCCUUCCAUUAUUUUUACACUUAUCCUGAGGACUACCAACUAGUUCACAUUUCCUCAUUAUGAAAAAGUCUUUCCCCAAUGAACAGGUGUAUGAAGUUACACAAGAUGAUUUUUACCAAAAUCCCAUGCAAUAAUGACCCCUGCCACAUUUCCUGAGGGAGAAUUUCAAGACACAACGGCCAAAGCUGCCACAUAAGGGAAGUCAAAUUAUAGGAUUCCAGUUGUCACAUGAACAAGAGCUCCUGACUCCUUCAGAGGGCCCAGAAAUCUGACUGAGCUCUGGGCAUUAAGGGGUUAGCCUUGCUGCUUGCUGGAUUUGUUUAUCCUGCCUCCUACCAAGCACAAGCUUAAGGUAAGGGUACACCAAACCAUGCCUAUCAGACAUUUUCAUUGCAUGGAGGGAUGUCAGAGGGAUAUAGUGGGAGGGCAAGGGAAGAGACUCAGAAUGUGAUUUUAAACCAAUUCAGGGAAGCCUGAAGUUGAAUAAUUAUAUUUCCUGUCCACUGGAUUCACCCCUACCCCGUCUCCCUAGAGCAACAGAAAUACCAUGCUUGAGAGGACCAGUGAGCCACUCAGUUUAGCAUUUUCCCUUUGAAGAAGCACUUAGGGGGAGUUUGUGGAGGAAUGCAGUUACCCUCUCAGUUGUGUUAUAACCAAAUAGCUCUAAUUUUCUACAAUCCCUCUUGGGAGACCAUCGUACAGGGAUUCUUCUUAAACCUUCUGUGCCCACAUAGUUUCUGCUGGCACCACUUCUUGGACAAAAACUUUGUAAGUUUCUGAUUUGCUAUGAGAAGUGCUUUCUUUUACCUAAGGCUAUGAGGUAGAGCCCUAGAGCUAGUAUUUCAGGACCUGGUGGACGUAUCCUUGCUCUUAUCUGGAUAUCUGAUCCAACAUUCCCCUCAGCUUUCAUCUUUCCAGAAUGGAGUCCACAUUUUAAAAGAUGUGUCCUCGUGUGGAAAUACCUCCACCCCUGAUAAUUUUUCUCUUCUCAAACCUUCCCCCUUUCACUGUGUUUUAUAAAUAAGGUCACUAGAAAUACAGAGACAAUUAGAUGACAUAACCACAGUUUUGUCUGAGGGGGUGUUUUCAGUGUUGUCUCCAAGAGCCCCUCCUGAUGAUGCCUAGAGAGCAGCUGGGCUUUUGGCCACAGCAGCACAUCGACCCCUGCUCCCUCUUCAGCAAUGCUUAGGUUCUUUCCUGAGUUUUAGCAGAGCUCGUUACCUUAGCAGUUGAUGAGUCUUCUAUAAAUACAUUACCUUACACUUGUCUACACUGAACUGCAUCCAACACUUUUCUGAGAGUUCUGUGACCCUCCUGCAGUUUUUUUUUAUUCGUUUGUUUUGUUUUUAAAUCUCUUCUAGUUUGACCUUUCACUACCUCAAAGUGGUGACAUUUGAUUUUAUUAUAAAAUCCUACUUUCAAGUCUUUUCUAAAAGUUUUAAAUAAGGUUGAACCAAGCAUCAACCUUUAGGGAACUUCUAUAGCAUUCUUUCCAGAAAGAUGUUCCUUUAUUCCUAAACCUCUAGGUUGCUUCCUAAGCAUGACAAAAUAAUCCCACAAUCAGAUAGCAACUCAUGUUUUAAAAACUGCCCAGUGAAGAACCUUGAGAAAGGUUCUUUAAAAGUCUGAAUAAAUUAAAUCUGUUUUUUUCUUGAAUUCAUGUUUCUUUUUAUCCUCAAAACAACUACAGUAUACAAAUCAGGUAUGAUUUCUCGGAAAAGAACCAUUUUACCUUUCCUUCGAUAGGUCAUGUAAGAUUAAGACUUCAGUGACACCAUUAACCCACUAUUUCACCAUCUUGCCAAGUCAAGGUGAGUCAGCUGAUGAAUUCCUGUCCAAUCAACACAGCUUGAAGUAUAUCACAGAGCAGUGUGGAUAAAGGUGGAGUGUUGGCAAAGCAUUAGAUAGGAAAGAAAGUGGGAGGAAACAGCUCUUUUAUAGGGCAGAGACAAAACCUAACUAGUUGAAGGGUUGUUUUGUUUUUUAUACUGAAAUCAAAAUCAGGUGAUUAAAAAAAGCCACAGUGAUUGAGGGGGUGAGAGGCAACAGGUUGAGAUGUUUAUGUUAAAUUAAUGUUUAAAACACAUUUUCAGUCCCCAGACUACCAACUGCUGAGGAGAGGGCUAGCAGAAAGUCACAGUGUUAGGAAAGCAGAUGUGCCAGGGACACCAGGGAGACAGAGGGGAUAACCUCU